GAAGGCUGUUGGCGUGGGGCCCUGGGAGACGUGGCAGUGCCUGCAGGGGGUGGGGACAAGGCAUAGGGCCCACCAUUACCACCAUGCUCCUGGGGAUCCUCGUGGUGCUCUGCUUCAUCCCCACUGCUGAUGUAACAGAAAACAAGAUUUUAGUGGCUCAGAGUCCUUUGCUCAAGGUAGAUAACAAGACUGCAACUCUAAUUUGCAACUACACAUACAAUGGAACAGGGAAGGAAUUUCGAGCUUCACUGCUCAAAGGAACGGACAGUGCAAUUGAAGUUUGCCUUAUUUCAUGGAACACAAGCAAAAGCAGCAGUACUUCAAAUAAGCAAUUCAACUGCCAGGGGGCUUAUGAUAAAGACAAAGUCAUCUUCAAUCUUUGGAAUAUGAGUGCCAGCCAAACUGACAUCUACUUCUGCAAAAUUGAGGUCAUGUAUCCACCCCCAUAUGUCUACAAUGAGAAGAGCAAUGGGACCAUCAUUCAUGUGCAAGAGACACCCAUCCGAACACAAGAGCCUCUGUCUGCAAUUCCUUUGUGGAUUAUGGCAACAGUGACUGGAGUUCUUGCUUUCUACAGCAUGCUAAUAACCGCAGUUUUUAUUAACUACUGGCAAAAAUCCAGAAGGAAUAUGUACCAUCAGAGUGACUACAUGAACAUGACUCCCCGGCACCCACCAUACCAGAAGAACAAGGGUUACCCAUCCUAUGCCCCAACACGAGACUACACUGCCUAUCGGUCCUGGCAGCCGUAAGACCCACCAGCUGACCCACAGCAGCCUUGUGCGCUUCUAGGCAGUCACCUGCUCUUGGACAUGGAAGGACAGCCUCUCAUUUUCUCAUUAUGUUUGUUGCUAUUGAUCAUGGACACCUACACAAUAGCAAAUAUUGGCUAAACUUUGAUAUAAUAUACUAAAAGAAAAAAACAAACCAACAAACAAACAUAAAAAGGGGGGCGGGGGGAAGUAAAAAAAGAAUCGUUCUCCAUGAUGGCUGAAAAUGAGGCCCAACUUGUGUUGAGGGUUGUCAGUGGGUAAGAUGAUGGCAUCAGACCUCAGAGCUGGUCUCUUCCUGACACUUGUGGUCUUGCUCAGCUGUUGGGAGAAGCAGAACUUCUGUUCUUUUCCCAUAACUGCUGCCUUAGAUGUAACCCUAAAUCUCCUUUCCUGUGUGUCUAAUCCUCAGAAACCCUUGUUGCUGUUAAACACAGAAAAAUGGAAAAAAAAUAUUUUCUUCUCUACAAGACCAGAACAUAAUUUGAAGUUCAAAACACAUGCUUAAAAGGAAGAGGGAAAGGUCAGUCAGAAGGCAUCCAAGCUAUUAGGCUACGGCACAAAUGAUCCACCAGGACCAAUCAAGCUGACACAAAACUAGUAAACCUCCGACAUGCGAGUCCUUAGGUUGGACGCUUUGUAAAUGUUCAUAAGGUCAUCUGCAGUCAUGACCAACCAACUUCACAGAGUGAAAAAGCAAUCAACCUGAACACAAAAUCAAGACAAGCAGGAGAGGAAGAAAGAUCUGUCUUUGACAUGAAGAACUCCAAUUCGGUUUUGUUUGCCUACAGCAAAAGAACACAAAGUCAUACAUGAAGCAUUAGAAGACACAGAGGUCAGAUUUUGAGAAUAUUUUUACUUUCAUUUUUGAAUUUUUGUUUCUAUCCAAAAGGUGUUCUGCUGAGUGCUCCUGAAAAUUUAUUCACAUCUUCUGGCACCUAGGUUGUACCAAAGCUCUUUCAAAACUCUGGGUCCGCUUAGGAGAAACUAAAGAUGAUUUGAAUUUUUUUUCCCAUAAGCACCCAAUUUUUGGGAUGUGAGAGGGUUCUUCAUUCCCAGUAUUGUGAAUUGGACCUGCAAGUGCUCAGGGUGUGCUCUGUGCACUUUGUGUUAACUGGAGGUUACAUUUCUAUCUAAAGAUGUUCUUCGGGACUGCUCCAUGCUGGAGUAGGACAAAGUCUUCAGCAAAACCUGAUUAAUUCUUUCAAUUUAGCACAUUUACAAUAACAGGACAUCCAAAGUUGUAAUUAGGGUUAUCUUGGCAUAAAAUCCCUUUUCAUACUGAGGAGACAAGGUUUAUUUUAUAGAGACUACUGAAUAAAAAAUUAAAAGAAAAAAGUCCAUAUUCCCACACUGAAAUAAAAUUGGGAUUGUACAACAUUUAAUUUCCUCCAAAUUGGGACAAGAAGAUUCUUUCUCUCUUUGAGCGGACAGAAUAAAAGUAGAGAUGUGGAAGUAUGGCAACAAUCUGCUUUGAUGUCUUAAUCAAAGAAAAAAUUUUGUCUCUUCCAAACUGCAAGUUUUAUUUGAGCUUGCUGACUGGGCCCCAAACCUUUCAUUCUGAGUCAUAUCGUCAUGAACCAUGUUCCUGGAGGGUGCUGUGCCACCUCUGAGCAGUGGUGAGGUGCCUGCUGUCCCCCCGGCCAGGGACAGGUGGGGCCCCAGCUCCAGGUGCAGAGCCCCCGAUGGCAGCGGUAAGGGAGGCCCAAGAGAUCCAAGAGGCAGUGCUGUGAGUUUGGCAUGGGAGUGCAGUCAUGGACCCAGCAGGCCUUGAGAGCCUUGCUCUGGCUCAGUUCAGCAAACCCAAAAGCUUAUGAUUGGGCUGAAGAAAUUAAAAACAAAGUAUUAUUUAUUUCUUCUCCUUUCCCCUCAUCACAUGCACAAACACCCAAAGGCUGACAUUUUUCCACAUACAGUUUUUACUCUCUUCCUGAAAAGCCCCUCACUGCACCUUUGUACUGCAGCUGAGGCAGCGAGGAACUUGUGCAGGGGGCAGAGGGGAGGGAGCCAGGUGAACACAUGGCAGUCCCUGCACAGUCCCAGCCUGGUCCUCCUUGCUGGCACUGACUGGGGGGAUGCUAACGCCUUGUCACCUCCCUCCUCACUUGGAGGGAGAUAUGAAUGAUCCUGUGCAGGGGCAUCCAGCCGCUCCCGCCGGAGAGCAGCAGGCUGAGCACAGUCCCCUGUCAGGGUGUGGCACU